AUGUUCCCUCUCCGCUGCCCGCCGCGAGAGAUCUCUGCGGCCGCCGCGCCCCGUCCACUGCUCACAGCCCAGCGGCGGUGCCGCCCCCCGCCCUUCCCGGCCGCCCCCGCUCGAUCCGGCCCGCUCUGGCCCGGCACCGCUCCUCCCGCCCGGUCCGACCGGGGCCGCGCUCGCCGCCUCCGCCCGCCCCGGCCGCCCCGCGGCUCCGGCGGCCGCGCCCCCUCGUUUGCAUGGCAGGACCCGCCCCCGCCGGUCGCGCCCCGCUGGCCCUUGGUGUCCGCCCGCGGCACACCGCCCGCGCUGCCUCCCGGCCGGGGCGGCUUGGGCUGUCCCGGGGCCGCCGGGCCCGUGGGCGGUCGGAGAGUGCGGCUGAACGGGUCGGAGCAAGCGGAGCGUCGUCCCAUACUCGUGUCGAGGCCCCCGUCCUUCCUCCGUCCUGCAGUCCUACCUCCAAACACGUUACGGCUUCGCGCCACUGUGAGCGGCUUCGCUGACAGAGGUGCCGCAAAGCUUGUCGCAGGUGUUCCCGCGGUGUCCUUCCAGUGCCCGGGCGACCUGAGCGGCAGCCCGGGCCGGUACAGCACACCUGAGCCAGCGGUGGCGGACUGGCAGUCUGUGCCGGGCGCCAGCAGCCUCCGCCGGGAUCUGCCGCGCCGCCCGGCCGGCUGCUCCAGGGAAGGACAGCGCGGGCAGUGCUCGUGUCCGGAGGGGCCUCCGGAAGCGCUGCGUGCAGACCCUGCCACUCCGAUGCUGUCAGUCAGCUACAGAUCUCUUCUCACCAAAUGCCUUGUUUUCUUCCAUGGCUGCAGCAAUUCACCCUCUGGCAGUGGGAGUGGUUGUGCAGUGAACAGGAAUGCAGGACAAUCCCAAGACUGCUUCAUGAGCUGCAGAUAGCCAUUAAUUCUAUUAUUUUACAAUAGUGCUGCUCUGAUCACACAGUAAGAUGAGCUCCAUGUUCCAGAUGAAAAGAAUGCAACAACAACAGCAACAAAACCC